AUGAGCCAAUUGGAUAUUUUGCCAAAUAGUGAAGUGGUUUUGACUCGUUUCGAUGCUCAAGAGAAUAAAUGGACCCUUUAUGAUGUUUAUAAAGUUGCUCCCAAUCAUCCGUUAAGAGUGUCCGUGCUCGGUUCGAUAAAUGGCCAAACAAAUGGGCAAAAUAGCUGUGCACCAAAUGGCUGGCGAUUAAAUGAAGAGUUCGACGGCAAGAAGGCAAAGACAAAGGUCCGAAAGAAUUUACAGGGGCUACGCUUGCGUUGUGGUUCAUAUGUAACGGAACCGGUGCCACUCACAUACCUUGACAACACGCGAUUGGAUCAGAUGGACAUUGCAGCUAUAUCAACGUUGCCGGUGUCUUGGCUCUUGCGAGACGAUUUAAAUUUUUCUUGCGACAUAGUUGAAAUGAGCAAUUAUGAAUGGAACCAAAGCACUCUGGCUGCUGCCACAAUGGCGUUGUACCGAGAAGAUCGAAUCGAUACUUUGGCCCAUGCCGAAAAUAUGCGACCUGAGCAAUUGCAAUAUGCCGAGUUUACGGCUGAUAUUUUUGCCAUAAGUACGCCAAUUAUUUUUCGACAGCCUCCGUUGUCAGCAGUAUCAAACAUUUUCUUAUUGCCAUUGGAUAAGACAGUGUGGUAUUGUUGUGCAGCGUUGAUUCUCUGCGUUAUAUUCAUUAUGGGAAUUCAAAUGGGGCAUCCGUUGCUUGAGGCGCAGAUCACGUUGUUCGAUGUUGUUUCAUUUGUUUUCGGUGCAGUAUGCCAACAAGGGACCCAUUUACUUAUUCCAUCGUUAUCCGGUCGAUUUGUAUUGAUAACAACAUUUGUAGCAACAUUGGCAUUAUUUACAUCAUAUUCAGCGAGCAUCGUUGCAUUGCUACAGAGUCCAAGCGAAUCGAUUCACACAUUGGACGACCUAUUAGCUUCACCAUUAACACUUGCUUUGAAGGAUACCCGUUCAGUGCGACGCAUUUUUUCAUCCGAUGAUAGUCACCGUAUCUUGAGAAUGGUGUAUGCGAAGAAAAUCGAGCCGAUGGGCACAGAUGCGUGGAUUGCUGAUGAAUCGAUUGGUAUUGGUAAAGUUCGUGCCAGUUUAUUUGCAUUUCUUGUUGAUACUCCCAGUGCCUACAAUGUGAUACAGAGAACGUAUUCCGAAUUGGAAAAAUGUCGAUUGAGCGAAAUAAAAGUGUUUCCAUUGCCGAUGAACACAAUCACCGUGGCACGAAAUAGCGCCUAUAAGGAACUGAUUAAGCAAAGAAUACUCUGGAUGCAUGAGGUUGGAUUGAUAUUUCAAACGAGAGCGAAAUGGUUACCAAAGAAACCGGCUUGCGAAGGUGAUGGACGCGAUUUCACCAUUGUUGGCCUACGCCAAAUUUAUCCAUUGAUUUAUACUGCUUAA